GUUGGUAACGAUUUUACCAUGACAAUUGGCCAAUCUACUUUUUCAGAAACGUUAGAUCAAACCUUAACAGUUCUGGAACGUGAACUAACAUACGCAAUUACCAUGGAUCUAACAGAAGACGAGAGAGCAGAUGCCAGAAGAUACUUUUACUCGAAAUUACCUGUUCCUGGUGUAGUAAUGUGCAUCGAUGGAACCCAUAUAAGAAUCGUUGCGCCUCACGACAACUCAAUCUAUUAUUUCAAUAGAAAGGGAUUUUAUAGUCUUAACGCUUUGAUGAUAUGUGACCACAGGCAAAUAAUCCGUUUUGUAGACGCGAGGUUUGGUGGCUCAGAUCACGAUUCUUACAUUUAUAAUUCCAGUCCGAUUUCUUCAUAUUUUGAAGAAAAAUGGAGAAAUGGAGACCGAAUGUUUAAACUCUUGGGAGACUCAGCUUAUCCUUCGAAACCUUGGCUUAUCAAGCCGCGCAGAAAUGCAGAGCCAAAUAGUCCAGAUUCGUUGUUCAAUGAACAGCAUGCCAAAGCACGUUCCAUCAUUGAAAGAACGUUUGGUUUGCUCAAAGCACGAUUUCGCUGCUUGAAUGGUGAAAGGCUACUACAUUAUGCACCGAACAAAUGUGUUCGUAUCAUAAACGUUUGUUGCAUGUUACACAACCUUCUCAUCAUGCAUGGUAUUACCGACGAAUUUAAUGAAUAA